UCUUCCACAGAACCAAACCCCGCUUGUAAGGAAAAAUGAGGUCCCUAAUGGCCUAUGCUUCUCUCACUCUUGCAUUGGCUAUGCUCUUUUGCAGUUUCCCAUCUGAAAUUUCAGCAAAACAAUACUCUUAUUCCUCUCCACCACCACCAGUCUACUCACCAUCACCACCACCAGUCCGCUCUCAACCACCACAUUACUCAUCUCCACCACCACCAGUUCACACUUACCCUCACCCAACCCCAUCCCCAGUCUACCACUCUCCACCACCACCGGUUCACGCCUACCCUCAUCCAACCCCAUCCCCAGUUUACCACUCUCCACCGCCACCGGUUCACACCUACCCUCACCCACACCCAGUCUACCAUUCUCCUCCACCACCAACACCACACAAGAAGCCUUACAAGUACCCAUCUCCCCCACCACCACCAGCGCACACCUACCCUCAUCCUCACCCUGUCUCCCACUCUCCUCCACCACCACACAAGAAGCCAUACAAAUACCCAUCACCACCACCCCCACCAGUGCACACCUACCCUAACCCUCAUCCAGUCUACCACUCUCCACCACCACCACAUAAGAAGCCAUACCCUCACCCUCACCCAGUUUACCACUCUCCACCACCACCAGCUCCCACCUACCCACCUCAUGCUCCCCACCCAGCUUACCAUUCUCCUCCGCCACUACACAAGAAGCCUUAUAAGCACCACUCUCCUCCUCCUCCAGUCCAUUCCGCACCUCCACCACACUAUUACUACAAAUCACCUCCUCCACCUCGCCAUUACUAGAUAGCCUAUAAUUGGCAUCACACCAUAUGGACCUAAGCAGAAAGUGUGAAAGCAAAGAAAGCCAUGCACAAUGAAGAUCGAGGGGAUUCUUCACAUAUAUUCCGUCAGUGUUUGAUUAAUAUUGUUGAGAGAGCUGCGUUUAUUUAUUAAAUUUGUGUUUUCUAUUGUAUUAGCCACAGCUGUAAGGCACUGCACCACCAUGCAUAUGUCUUCAGUUUGCAUGAAUUGUAAUUUUAAAAUUUCGGAUUUUUAUCAAGCUGACCGAGAAGCUAAAUAAUAUUUAUCCCCCGUUAUAGCAA